AAAGCCCUGUGUGAGUACUCGCACUGCCUGCUGCUCUUACCUGCCAGCAACAUUGCAAUGAGGCGCGAUGUCCAGGAGGGCCAGGCUCGCUGCUUAUCUCGCCUGGGGAGGCACAAGGAGGCUCUGGAUAUUGCAGAAAAAAUGAGAAACAGCGCCACUAACACAGAUCACUUAACCACGGUUCUCAACCUGCAGCUUUCCAUUUACCAGCGGCUGGAAAACGUAGAAAAAAAGAUGAUGUGUCUGCAGCAACUGAUCUGCUUACAUCCUUUCAAUCCCUGCUUCUGGAAGUUACUUGCUGAAGCUUAUAUGAGCCUUCUACAGAAUUUGUCUCCAUUGGUCAUUCCAGAAGCAAGCCUAAAUCAGUCUGAGGAGGUUUGUGUAAGUAAUGGCAGUUCCCAGACAUGGACUGGCAGAGAGAUCAAUCUGCAGCCUCACAGAUCAGAGGGCCAGCAGGAGGGCCCUUGGCUCAGCCCUGCUCCAGAAACAAAGGGGGAGAAUGCAGUUUGUCCCAGCAGCCAAGCAGUGAAAGAAUUCCUCUGCACUUCAGGAGAACUGGAAUGGACAGACAGAGAGAAAUGUGCAGGCUCCAAGGCCUGGAAGCAGAGCAUGUUAAAGAAAGUUGGGAUAAAAGCAUGUGCCUCGUUUAUCAGAGCAAGGCUUUUACUUCAGCUUACCCAGUCACAGCAGCUGUCCUUUGUGCUAGAAAAUAACAGAAAAUGCCAGAAAGAAAUUGAUGACAAAGUGGCUCUCCUUGGUUUCGAUGAAAACUCCUUGCUGUUGAUGACCAAAGCUAUGGGACAGGAUCUUAUACCAGAAAAACUAAAAGAGGAGUUUCAGGGUGAGGUAAAAUGCAUAGGCCCUUCAGCACUAUCAUCACUGGUAACUGCUUCAGUCAUGGAAUUUGAAAUCAAAUGGUUUGGUAAUCUCCAAGAUGACUUAUGUCACUUUGAUGGACAAUUUUAUUCAGACAUUUAUCUCCCACCUUUGGUAACAUAGACAUUUUCUUGUAUUUAUUCUUGUAUCUCCAAAUUAUUAUGGCAUGAUACAUGCAAUAAAGUUCAUUUUACAUUUUUAAAGAAUUCUUACCAUAUUUCUUUUUAGAUAUAGAUCCCUGUAUUUAAACUCUUAACCUUGCAUCCUUUUCUUUGUUUACUGAUUUAUUUGUAUUUAAAAUUAUAAGGAAUACAGUGUAAAAUCAAGAUUUCAGAGGUAGCUUUCUAUCAUAAUCCUCACCAGUUUGUGGUUGAAGUGUAUGUGAUUGUCUGGAGGCCUGCAGUGCUGGUGAGAUGGAAGCUUCCUUUCUGAUGUCCAACUGGAAAGUUUCUUGGUAUCAAAUUUGAUGUUGUUGCAUUUAGAGCCAUGGAAUCAGCCAUUUUCUUAAGUAAUUAUUUUAGUAUUUCUUAAUUAACGUUAUAGUGAUUUCCUGUUCAGAGACAGAUUGCUAGAAAUCUCAAAUUUAUUUAUGCUAAGAAAAACAUUAAUUCCAUAUCUUUUAGAAAGGAAAUCUAAGUUAUAAAUAUUUAACUUCAAACUAGGAGAUUUUCUCCUUUUGAAGCCAAGUGUUUGUUGCAGGCAUCAAACACGCCAUAGUCUUGUGUUCAGUGCUUAGACAAGGAGAAAAACUGACAAGGUUGUUUAUAUGUACUGAGGAGUGUUUAGUCAGAUCAUAUCCUUUGUAAAAGCCUGCAAGGAAGAUCUUUGCUGUGAAAACUGGCAGUGUUGUUUCUGCCUCAUCCAGCUCCGUCUGUUGUGCUUUCAGUUGUCAGUGACAACACUUUGCUUUGCUUUCUCAAGCCCUGGUGCUGUGCUUUGGGCAUCUAGAAGAGGGCAAAGAUCCUCCUGUAGUUUCUUUCACUUGAAACAGUUUACAUUUCAGACAUACAUGGUGUGCUCUUCCUCCAUCUUCUCUUAAACUUCUCUUAAACCUAAUUUUUCUGUAGUUUUCUGCAUAAGUGUUCUAUAAUGGAUGUAAUUUAAAACUGGGAGUGUCUUAGACGUACUUUUCUGUCCAUUUUC